CUUCGGCCAAUCAGAGACGCAGGAGGGCGGAGCUUACCGGUGAGCGUGAGAGGACCGUCAAACUGAAAGUAGCUAGCUCCGCCGGCCUACGCUAAAUUAUACCCAUUUCACGCCAGUGACAGUUUGAGCGACAGGAAAAGAUGUCUCGUAGAUAUGAUUCCCGAACAACCAUAUUUUCUCCAGAAGGACGCCUUUACCAGGUGGAGUAUGCGAUGGAGGCCAUCGGUCACGCCGGAACGUGCCUGGGGAUUCUGGCAAACGACGGCGUGCUGUUGGCGGCGGAGAGACGCAACAUCCACAAACUGCUCGACGAGGUUUUCUUCUCCGAGAAGAUCUACAAGCUCAACGAUGACUUGGCCUGCAGCGUUGCUGGAAUCACAUCGGAUGCUAAUGUGCUGACGAAUGAGCUGCGGCUGAUUGCACAGAGGUAUUUGUUGCAGUACCAGGAGCCGAUACCCUGCGAGCAGCUGGUGACAGCCCUGUGCGACAUCAAACAAGCGUACACGCAGUUCGGAGGUAAGAGGCCGUUUGGUGUGUCUCUGCUCUACAUGGGCUGGGACAAACACUACGGCUUCCAGUUGUACCAGAGUGACCCGAGUGGCAACUACGGAGGCUGGAAGGCAACCUGUAUUGGUAACAAUAGCGCUGCUGCCGUGUCCAUGCUGAAGCAGGACUUCAAAGAGGGGGAGAUGAAGCUGUCCUCGGCUCUGGCGUUAGCCGUCAAAGUCCUCAACAAGACGAUGGACGUCAGCAAGCUGUCGGCGGAGAAAGUGGAAAUCGCCACUCUGACGCGAGAAGACGGGAAAACCAAAAUCAAAGUGCUGAAGCAGAAGGAAGUCGAGGAGCUCAUCAAGAAGCACGAGGCGGAGGAGGCCAAGACCGAGAAGGAGAAGAAGGAGAAGGAGCAGAGGGAGAAGGACAAAUGAGCAGAAUCAGAAUUAGUUUUUUUUUUCCUCAUGUCACCAAAUCCUGUGUUUUGUCUUUUACAUUAAAAGUUUGUAAACCGC